AUGCCACGUAAUCUGAUCGUCGCGGUGCUUCUCGCGCUCUUGUCUCACGCCGUGACGGCGCACGAUUUCUCCGCUUUUGACGAGAUCACGGACCGCGAGUACGAUACGAACCAGGAGCUGGAGAGCGGCGAGACGAUCGUUCGCUGUCGCUUAUGUGGCGCCCCCGUCGCCUACAAGAAUGACUUUAUCGAUCUCCACGACACGUCCAAAGCCGUGGCCAGCCGCCACGAAGCUGUGCUGGGCAACGAUGUCCAGCUCUUUACAUUUGUGGAUCCUAGUCGGGCACAGUACGAGCUUGCAGGGUUCAAAAAAGUGCAGGGAACCGAAAGCGACACUUUGUCGAAGAAGGCGACGGUCUUUGACGACUACAGUUGGCGCAAAAUUCGCUGCAAGAGCUGCAAGAGACACAUUGGGUGGGCGUUCUACCAUGACGAGCUGCAAGAGUGCUCGAACACGCAGCUGGCGGACCCGUUCUCGAUCGCAUCGUUGGAGAUCAAAUUGGCACUUGAGAAAGAAUUAAAGACGGAAGCUGUGAGAAAGGAGCUGGAAGGUCAGUGUUUGAUGACUACUAUUGGGUGGUGGACUUAUGAGGUCUGCUACGCGCACGAGGUCCACCAAUUCCAUGAAGAGCUUGACGGGUCCCGUUUCAGCGACUGGAGUAUGGGAGCGUUUUCGCCAGAAGCUCAGUUAACCAAUACGGAUUAUACGGGUACGGAUGUUACGCAGUUCUUCACCAAUGGGCAACACUGUGAUGAGAAUGGGGAGCUGCGUAGCACUCGAGUGGUGUACACCUGCUGUAAGUCUCGCCCGGAGGACGCCAUGGUAGAGUCAGUGGAAGAACCUGCCUUGUGCGCGUACCUGAUCCGCAUUUGCGUUCCGAGCUUGUGUGACAGCAAGUGGGAUAAAAAACAGGGUGAUUUUGGGGAUGAAAAGCAGACUGUCGAAUCGUGUAAGGCAUCUGUUGAGGCGAAGCACGCAGAGGCCAAGUUGCCAUCGUCAUUCACCGCCUUGCGUUGGUCUUCGGUUAUCUCGGAAGAUAGCAGCGAGCUCGACUGGGCUCGGCGCACGCAGAUAGGGGAUUGA